AGUUUGGAACGCGUAACCGUUAAAACGUGCAGCGGAAAUUUAAGUGUCGCGCUGUUGAAUUCAAAUUGAAACGUCGCCGUUGCCAUUGUUGUUGUUAUUUAUUGUAUUUUAUAUUAUUUUUUAAUUCCAUUUUUUUUUCGUACUUGCUGCGCCUGCUUGCCAUUUUUGCUUGUUGCUGUUGUUGUUGUUUUUGUUAGCAUAUCCGUUAGUUAAUUUUGAAUUCGCCGCAACAUGCAAAGCGUGCAAUUGAGCUGCGUCCUGAUCCUGGCAUUGAUUGCAUACGGACACGGUCUGGCCGUCGGCUCACCCGAAUGCCCCGAGAAAUAUGGCGUCCAGGCGUACGCGCACACCGAGAACUGCGAUCAGUUCUUCCUCUGCACCAACGGCACCUUGACCCUGGAGACCUGCGAGAACGGCCUGCUCUUCGAUGGCAAGGGCGCCGUUCACAACCAUUGCAACUACAACUGGGCCGUCGACUGCAAGGGACGUCACUGGGAUCCCACGCCCAUUUCAACGCCUGGCUGCGAAUAUCAGUUUGGACUGUACGCCGUGUCCAAGGAGUGCUCGACAACGUAUAUCAAGUGCGCCCACGGCGAGCCGCACGAACAGGACUGCGACGCGGGCUUGGCGUACGAUGAGCGCAUCCAUGGCUGCAAUUGGCCCGAUCAGCUGCUCGAGCACUGCAAUCCCGAGGCUGUUGUCGGCUUCAAGUGCCCGACUAAGGUCGAUCCCAAUUCGGUUGCGGCACGCUUCUGGCCCUUUCCCCGAUUCCCCGUGCAGGGCGAUUGCCAUCGGUUGAUCACCUGCGUCGAGGGCUAUCCGCGUCUCAUUAGCUGCGGCGAGGACAAGGUGUUCGAUGAGCAUACGCUCACCUGCGAGGAGCCCGAAUAUGCCAGCGGCGGCUGUGCCAACUAUGGCAAAUAGUGUGACCGUAUCUCCAAAAACCACACACACACACAGACACACACACAGACACAGACCGACUCAACUGUACAUAUGUAUGUAAAGCUGCUCGAGCCACGCUCAA